AUGGAUACAGAGGAAAAGGCGAGCUCAGUAUUCCUUAUCCCAAAUUUCGUUCCAAGUGGAAGACGAUCGAUUACCAAGACGGAUAUCGAAGUACAGACUUUGGAACCAUACCCAGAAGAUCGAUCGGACGAAGUGGCUACACUCAAGAAGGGAAAUGCGUACCUUGUCGAACAGCUUUCUACAAAGACCAAGCACUGUAACGAGCUUGAGGAACAAAGGGAAGAGUUUGCAAAUGAGUUUGAAUCAUUGAAAGCUGCUUUGGGACGCAUGCAAGACGUCGAAACUGGAGCUUUGUUUCUGGAGAAACAAAUGGAGGAUACGAGGCGUGAAAAUGCAAAGCUCAGUGAAGAAAUAGUGGCGUUGCGAGAGGAGAAUGCCUCUUUGAAGUCAUGUAUGCUGGAGAACGAGGGUAACCCUGCCGAUAGAACUCGAUUACUUCAUCGUAUUGAUGAGCUUCACGAAGUGUUAUGUGAAACGAGAAAGUCAGCCUCGCAGGCUAAGAGUGACUUGUCAUCGACUAAAGAUGAACUGGAGCAAGUACGAAUCAAUUACGAAUGCCUUCGCGAGAAACUAAAUGAGAUUGAGUCCAGUUCAGAAGAUGCUCGCCAUCAAUAUGCUAGCGCCUCUAAACGGUGGAAAGAAGAAAAGGACGCGUUACUGGAAAAAAUUGAAGGAUUAUCUGCCGCAACUAUGAAAGACGUAGAUUCUUUGGCGUCGGAGCGGGAAAGAGAAAUCGAAUCGCUAAAAGAAGCGUUGGCUACAGCUAGAAAGGAGAUUGAAGCAGCAGAUAAUGCUCGAGAAAACAUUAAGAGACAGUUCGAGGAGCAGUAUUUGACAGCAAUGGCUGCAAGUGAGGAGGAGUUGCAGCAGCUCAGGAAAGACAAUGCAGACUUAUGUGCUCGAAUCAAUGCGCUAUUGAACAGCUCCGAUUUCGGAUCCGAGGAAGAAGUUACAUCGCUCAAGGAGGAAAUCGCUGAACUGAAGGAUGUCAUUGAACGGAAAAAUAAAGCUUUGGAAGUUGCAAAAACACAUAAGGACGAGUUGGAAAUGAGCCACAAAACGAUCGAUCGUCUAUCAAGGGAAAAGAAAGAGCUUUCUUCUCGACUAAAAAUGAAAACCGAGUACACGGAGUUGUUGUCAUCAAGGAUCAACGCCUUGAGAGAUGAAAUUAAUGAGAAACAGGUUGAAGUGGCGAAGGCUCAGAGGGAAAAGAAAUUGGCCGAAGCGGCUCAAGCGGAGGUUAGUACAGAAUUAGCUUGA